AAUCUAAGGUAAUCUGUCUCUCUCUCUAAAUCAUUCUCCGAUUAUGGACCUUUCAUGUGAAUCAAUGAGACUCAUUGACGACAGAAGACCCACCAGCUCUAAGUUUGUGGAGCUCCACGUGCUGUAUGUGCCCGAUGACCAGUGGGAUGUAAAGCUCAAUAAAGUCCCAGCUGAAGCCAUAGAGAGCUUCAUAUCUGCAGGCUUUAUCAGGGUUUAUCCUGAGAUAACCCUGAAAACUCUGAGGAGCGAGCUUGGAGCUCUUCUUGGUGCUGAGAGGAAUAUAGACAAAUUCUCUUUCCUGAAAUGUGUGGGGCGCAGUUUGGCACUGGUCAAGAGCAGACAGGAGAGAGAUCUCAAAGUGAAAACAUUUGCUCCACCUUAUGCUCCUCAGCCAGAGCUUUACCUGCUGCCUGUAGUUGAGCUUGACAGCAGCGUCUGCUCUCACUCCCUCAGCCCAGACACCAGCAGCAGCUCCCCAGACCAGCACGUCUAUUACCACACACCAAAGACCUGCAGUCUCCCAGCAGGGACAAAAGAGACUGUUAAAUUCCCACUCAUCCCUAAGUGUUCCCAUCAGUCACCUCCCACCCCCAGCCUGGAAGAGGAGGACGGGGAAGAUGAGGAGCAGAGUUACAGCUCUUCAGAGGCAGAAGGAGAUAAUGAAGAGAAGGGUCUUUUCUCGAAUAAGUCAGGGUGGCCAGAGAAGGGCUGCUGCCAAACAAAGCCCCAGAGUCAGAGAGUACAACAGCCAGUCUCACACGAUAAAGUUUUCAGACUCUGCGAAGCUCAUUCAGCUCAAGUGAAGGGGUCAGCAGAAAGAGACGAUGUCUGUGAGAAGACACAACACAACGGACAGAACAGAGUGGCCAGAGAUUCAGAAGCAGCUCUGUCUUUAGAAGACAGAGAUUCAGGCUUCUCCCUCAACAGCAGGCUGUGGAAAUCAACAGAUGCACACACACUCACGCCACACAGGAAUAAACCAACUAGUGGAGUGACUGAUGGUCCAGCUGUGUUGUCUCGACCUGUUCUCUGCACCUCUCCGCCUCCAGAUCUCAACAUACCCACCGUCACUGAAAAGAAGUCUUCCUCUAUGGUCUUUCACACAAACAGAGAGGACCUGAUCCAGGAGAUCAAGCUAGUGAGGGAGGAAAGAAAGCAGCUUGAAUGGACCAGGGAGGAGUUAUUAAGAAAGGGCAAAGAUUUAUUAGCACAAAAUAGACACCGCAGGAACCAAGCUCGUGACAGUUGGAAGAAGAAAUAUUUUGAAACCAAGAAGGCCACAGCACCCCUGGAGGAAAAUUUGAGAAACUUACGACAAGAGUUGGAGACUUUUUACAACAAACUUUUGCUCCAGCUGCAGGCUCGAGACAGCAGAGGGAAGCCCCGACGACAGGGCAGAUCUUCCAUAAAGAAUGAGCUCAUCAUUCAGAUCAUGACAGAGAGCCACGAGAUUGACAACCUGAAGAGAAAGGUUGAAGAUGCCAAGAUGAAGCUUGUAACAGAGAUCAAGUUGAGGGAGCAGGCUGCUACAGAGCUGAGGGCGCUGAAGGCUGAGCUGGCCCAGAAGAAAAGUCAAUCCUCUCAUCCCACCCACAUAACCUAUAUAAGUUUUGGAAAUACCACAAGAAACAGAAAAGUUCAGAGCAUCUCCAACUAAUCCGCCUUAACAGAGCUGUGUCUCAUGCAUGUUAUGUUUGUUGAUUUAAAUUUUUUAUUGUACAGUUUUCUUUCUAAAUAGCUCACUAUUUUGAACCCAAUGUUUCUACUAUGUGCUUGUUUUUGUGCAUUAUUUUAAAUUUGAUGUACUGUUUGAAUGUCUGGUUUGUCCUGGCUUUGUUUAUACUGUUAACUGACUUCCAAAUUUUAACAGGUACUAUAAUGUUGCGUAAGCAGUUAUGUGACUCACUGUGUACAGAUUUAUCAGAAAGUGUUUAUUUCUGAAAAUUACAAUGUGUGUAAAAGUCAGCAAGCCCAGUACAGUUCAACCAAAUUACAGUUUGUGGUCAUCACAUUUGAAGCUGCUUGUAAUAAAAUAAAAAUCAGUUAUUCCAUUGGCACGGACAAAAGUUUAAGACAUUUCAUUCGAUAGCAGGAGCAAUAAAAGCCUGUAAAAACUAUGCAGUGCAGGUAUAUAUCUCAUGGGGAAGUUACGGCCUAUUACUGCCACAAAGGGAUAUACUAACUUUGUGACAAACAGGAGGGGUGAUGUAAAUUUCUGCAGCCGUGUUGAG